GCCGCCCGAGGGCCGCUCCAGGGGCGGCGGGACGGGCUGUUGGGCCGCGCAGCAGGCCGGGGUAGGGCUGCGCGGCUUGUGGGGCGUGAGAAGGGCUUCGGAGGCCGUGUGGGACCCUCACGGGCCGGUUUUCCGUGUGAUUUUUUCUUCAUGGAGCCCCACAAAGCUCUAGUCUUCACUCCCGUGGUCUGCUGUUACCUCCCUUCUACUCGUACUUCUCCUUUCAUCGUUUUAGAGCUUUAAUAAAGGGCAGUAUCUUGUGGAUAUCCUUUCUCUUUGUUAGAGGUGUGCGCUGUGCAGUAUAUGCAACCAUCCCUUGUAGCUGGUUUUACAAGGAAGGACAGGUUUGAAGCUAUUUGUACAUGCUCUCAGGUUUUUCCACCAAGUGAGGUUACAAAGCCUUCAAGACGACAUCAGUGACACAUUCUGACUCUCCGUGUGGCACCCUUUAUCCAGCCAGGACAGUUCCAGGAUCCCGUUCCAGAUCCCCAUGCUCCUUUCAGCCCCUCCCAGAGUAGUUUGUUUGUACCAAAUUGAGCCCUUGUGUCUGUUCUGGGCCACAUCCAGGCUGUGAGCAAACAUGAGCACAGGCCUGUGUGCUGGGCAGAUCAAGGGAAGGAUGGGAGUGACUCUUGUGAGGGGAGCAGCAAGAUCAGGGCUGAGGCCAGGAGGCACAAGCUGGGGUUUUGUGUGUAGGUUUGUUUUGCCAUUGCUUUAACUGCCUUUUUUCUGUUCAGCUGCAUGUUGUGAACAGGAGUCAACAUGAACUAUGAUGUGUCCAUUUCACUAGAGUGCCCAGUGGAGAGGGUUAAAGGAUGUGCCUUUUCUGGAUGCAAAUACCUCCUGUCAGUGUGGAGCUGGAGAGUCCAUGGUGUCCUGACAUCAACAGUUGACAUCUCCUCUGUCUGUCCUCAGUUGCCUACAGUGUUUGUACAUUUACUGUGAUUUCAAGUUCCCAUUUUUUAGGAGCGCUAAGUUAGUGGGCUUGGUUUUGUCUCCAGUUGCUUUGCUAUUAAUUCAAGAUGUUUGGAUUACUUAAAUGUCAGUGAUUUAGAUGUAUCCCAAAGCAUAUUGUUACUUGUUUUAGUUUUGUGGCUUCACUUUGUUUUGUUGUUUGGGUAAAAAGCGUUUGAAGUUGGUGAAACAAACAAAACACACUGUAGCAUUUGAGUUAUGUAGCUUUCACGUUCAUGGUUUGAUAAAAUAUUUGGCAGUUAACGUACUAGUUUACUAAAAGCAUUCUGAUUUUCUGACAAAUGCCAUCAAAGUGAAGAUUAUAUUAAAGGUUUUAUCAAAUAGUGAAAGUAGUUAUUUUAAAUUUUCUUGACAAUUUUGCAUGUCUGUGUCUCCUCAUGCCUCUUCUAAAAUCUACUAGCUUGGGCACUUGCCCCUGUUUUACUGUAGUUAAAUACUAAAUACGUUUUCCUUAUAUGGGAUUAUUGUUUGACGUAGCUUUCCAAAAGGCACUCAUCGGCUUCUGACUGCCCUGCAGUAUGACUCUGUUGGAGCAGCUUUUCUUGCAUCUUUUCUUGUUUUUUCAUUUGAGUCAUUCCCAGAAUUAGUUGGGAGCUGAUUACUGAGUACAUCUACUUCUUUCCUGGGGCCCAUCAUCCAAGGGCAACUGCUUUGGGAAAAUCUCCUUUUAUUCAAACUUUUCUCUUCUUGCCUGUUUUUAUACUUCAUCUGUCUCAUGUUGACUUUCAUGCACAUUGUGUUGGCUUGGACUUUCUCCCCUUUUGAGUAUGAAGGAAGCUCUCAGUGUUCAUCUGGGAAGUAUUACUUUUGCUGUUUAAAACAUUCCUGGAUUACCAUGAUAUUUUUAAAAUUUAGAGGCCAAGUAUAAAUGUAUUUGAUGUACACUCAUAAGGUAUUCAGUCUUUUUUAAAGACCACAUAAGCUUCAUUCAUAAGAGUAGUGACAGGCUUGCUGUUAGAACCACCUCAGCUGGGAGACCUGCACCGUGGAUUAUCAUGAGACCUGGGAGGACGUUGCGCCAUUGCUGCUGUUUUAGUAGUGCAUGCGGCCCACUUUCACCAGAUGUGCAGACAUCUGCUCUGCUGCACUUUUCUUUGGGUAACUAAUAAUGUUUUGUCUCCUGGGAAAUAGAAAACAUAAAGGCAAAUCAGAAAGUUCGAUUUGCUUUUGUUCAAAUAUACACAUAUAUAAGAGCUAUGUCUUCUUCAGAAGGAGUUCCAGAGCAGAAGCACAUUAUAGUAUCAAAGCAAGGAAAAAAGGCACGUGGCCAUGGAGACUAUGAUUCUGAUUUUAGUGAUGAGGAGAGUGGAGAGAAGUCCGUGCAAAAGACUAAAAGUGUAAAGGAAGAUGACCUUCUCAGAAAGCCGUUUCAAAAAGCAAAACAAGGCAGUGUGGUUCACAGACGAUUCGCAGCUGAAGAAUGGGAUAGGGAAGAAGCAAGAAAAAGAAGAUUUCACUUGAUAUCGAUGGAUGCCUAUCAAAGACAUAAAAAAUUGGUGAAUGACUACAUUUUAUACUAUGGUGGCAAAAUGGAGGAUUUCCGACGUUCUGGAGAAAACGACAAGACGGAUCUUGAUGUUAUUAGAGAAAACCAUAGAUUCCUGUGGAAUGAAGAUGAUGAAGCAGACAUGAAUUGGGAGAAGAGGCUUGCAAAGAAGUAUUACGAUAAAUUGUUCAAAGAAUACUGUAUAGCAGAUCUCAGUAGAUACAAAGAGAACAAGUUUGGAUUUAGAUGGCGACAUGAGAAAGAAGUAAUUUCGGGAAAAGGUCAGUUUUCCUGUGGAAAUAAGCACUGUGAUGAGAAAGAAGGCCUGAAGAGCUGGGAGGUGAAUUUUGGUUACGUUGAACAUGGUGAAAAGAAGAAUGCACUUGUGAAAUUGAGAGUAUGUCCAGAAUGUUCCUACAAACUAAACUUUCAUCACCGGAGGAAAGAAGUCAAAGCACGCAAGAAAAGGGGCACAUCUGUACCAAACUCUAAAGAACCAAAAAUUAAGAAGACAAAAUUAUCUAGGUCAGCAAAAAAGAAGUCCAAAAAAAAGACCCAUAAAGAUGAGGUUUCUUCAGAAGAUUCAGAUAAUUCGGAUAAAGAUUCAGAUAACAGCGAUGCACAAGAUGGUCCCUCUGAUUCUGACUUUUGGAAAGGUCCUCUACAAGAAGCAGAUGAAAAAUCACGGGAGGAGGAGUUUGAUGAAUAUUUUCAAGACUUGUUUCUCUGAAACUUGAAAUUGACGUGGGCUCAACUUCUUCAUGAAUUGCCAAGAUUCAAGUGUGGAAAUCUGGUUAUAGUUAGGGACCAGAGACCUCUUUGUGCCAAUAUACCUCUUCUGCAGUCACUCAGGUGGACCAUCUCAGCGGCUUGUCUUUAUAGAAGGCUUCAGGUGCAACAACUUCAUUUUUCUUGUAAUAGGCUGUCUACUCAUGAAAUAAAAUAAAUAUUUUUUUCAAUUCAGUGCAAAAGAUAUGUGGCACCCAGACUUAAAAGUAGGAGGGAUGUAAACAAACAAGAAUAUAGUUUAUUUACAUUACAUUAAGGAAGGUGGCUGCUUUUUAUUUUAUCCCAAAGUUCAGUUAUUGUCAGAUUUUUGUAAAGGGGCAUCUUGGAAGAUACUGUUAUUAGUUUAAAGCCGUAUACUUUAAUAUAUUCAUAUUUCUAAUUUAUUAAAUGCAAGUUAAUAGCCUUAAAUUUAUUGGUCAUGUAGACUUCAAUAUUCAGGUAUUAGUCUCUAUAAGUACUUUGAAAUGCUAUUGGAGAAGUUCAGUUUUUAUCAUAUCUGUAUUUUGCUUGAAUUAAGUAAACCAUAUGUGAAAUGCAUCCCCUGCUCCUUAGAAAAGUUUAGUUCAUUGUGACUUUAAGUUUCGGUUAUAAUAUGAUGUGACUGAUAAUUCUACUUAUAAAAAUCUGGUUGGUUGGUGAAAUUUUUGAUAUAAAUAAAGUGUGUGGCUUUCUACUGGGAAUGUACAUGUGACUUGUAUGCUAUCUGUGGUUUCUGAUCUCCUUAACAUUGAUUGAAUGUUAAUCCUUCUUUUAAAGUGUAAUCCUAAAUAUACAAGUAAGGAAUGUAUAUUGCUUGAGAAACCUACUGCAUUCGUCUUCCUCUUCAAAUUGCCAUACAACUUCAAGCUUUCUUUAUGUUUCCAAAGAAAGGGUCUGCACAUGAAUAGUUACAGUGGCCGUUUUCUUUGUCAGAUGAAAAUUACUUCGAAUAUAAAGGACAAGUCCUUUUCAUGGUUGUGUUCGUCUGAGGAAAGUUAAUGUUGUAUAAAAAAUAUUUUUGAUAAGUACUUCCCACUGUAGAUAUAUUUAUAGAAAGUAUUUAUUAAAAGUAUUUAUUAAAAGUAUGUGGAAAGUGUAACAGCAGAGAUAGUUGCAGUUUAUUUAUUAACAUUUUACAUGAACUCAUAUGAAUAAGUUGAGAACUCUAUUUACAAAUAUUACUUAACAUAAUUACAUUUUAAACAGUUUGUACUUACGUAAUAGAUGACAGUACAAGGAGAUAUUUAGGGUGUCCUUGAGCAAGAAAUAAACGUAGCCUUGCGUGAAGGCUUCUUUAGGUAAGAAGGUGGAUUUAAAGCUUAAUUCUCUGUCAUCAUGCAAGCUUGAUUGAGAGUCAAAUCCAAUCUGCAGCAAUCUGCUUACAUGUAUGCAACUUGCCCAAAGGGGCUUUUGUCAAAUGUGUUGCUAUAUUUGUUGCUUCAAGUAGUGUAUAUGAUGUGUUCUGUAUAACUAACUCCUCUUUGGGACUUCAAAAUACAGUUAUGAAAAGGUACAGUAUAGAUAUUAAAUAUAACAAUACAGUUUGAAUAAAAUCAGAUGAUCAAGCAACUUUGAAAUAGCUUACUUUAGUAUCUGCGUUUAAAACAGAAGAUAAUACAUGACACCCAGUUUUAUGUCAUAACCAAGUCUGCGUAAAAUAUUUGGCCCAUUUAUAAAUAAGGAUGUAAUAAAUUAAUUUUUUGUGUGUGUGGAUUCCUUCAA